AUGGGUUUUGUUCAAAGCUCGUUGAGCAAGAGUACAGGACACAUUUUGUCCACUUUAAAGCUGUUUGUCUUGCUCUUGCCACUCUUCGUCCUGAGCUACACCGGUGCAGCCACCAAAGCCGUAGAUGAGAGGAACCCAUUCAAAGUGGGCGUGAUUCUUGAUUUGGACUCGCUUCUCGGCGACCAAAUGCGUAUGGCAAUCGAAAUAGCAUGCCAAGAUGUGAACACCAUAUCAUCAUCAGGAAGUCAUUACAUAAAGCCACAUUACAUAAACUCCCAUGCAAAGCCCCUUCGAGCAAUUUCUGCCGGGUUGUCAGCACGGGGAAGCGCUCAUUUUCUUAAAGAAGCAAAGAAGAUGAGACUCUUCUAUGGAGAUUCAAUUUGGAUAUUUGCUGAAAAACCAUUCACCAAUCUCCUAACUUCAGUAGAACAUCCAGCAAUCGCCUCCACCGUCAAAGGUGCGAUAGGAAUAAUCACGUACCAUCCCAAAAACCAGGCAUAUAGAGAAUUCAAAGCCAAAUUCUUGAAUAUGUUCCAUCACAAGUAUGGAGAGAACUUCAAGUUCGAGCCCGGAAUCGAUGCUAUUCGAGCAUAUGAUUGCAUUAUGACCGUUAAAAAUGCGAUAGAUGCAAUGCCAAGCCAUGAUAUUAUGCCCAAGUUUUUGCUUAAUAGAAUAUCGCGCACUAGACUCAUGGGUUUGAGUGGGGCAAUACGAUUUGAGAAAGGUCAGUUGGCACGUCGACCCAAAUUCCAACUUGUAAGUGUCGAGGGAAAUGAAUAUAGAGAGCUUAAGCUUUGGUCUCCCAAUUUCAGUUUCUCAAGGAGUUUUGUACCAAUGCAAAGUUCAAGAAGAAAUACUUACAGAAUUUCAGAUAUAGUGAAGACCCAAGAAGGACAAACUUCAAGUGAGAAGGUGACGUUGGUCAUCGGAGUACCUGGUAAAACUCCCUUUGAUAAGUUUGUGAAGGAGGAAAUGGACGACACAACAGGGAGACCAAAGUACAUUGGCUUUUGCAUAGAUGUUUUCGAGAAGGCUAUUUCUCAUUUUCCUGAUGGUUUGAAGUAUGAGUUUUUUCGUCAUGAUGGAACAUAUGAGGAAUUGGUUAACAAAGUCCAUGAUAAGACCUACGAUGCUGCAGUCGGUGACAUAACUAUUCUGGCCAAUCGCUCACUGUUUGUUGAGUUCACACAACCGUUUAUAGGAUCAGAGCUUUCCAUCAUAGUCCCAGCAAAACCAGACACAGACAGGGCAUUGAUCUUUAUCGAGCCUUUCACUCUCGCAAUGUGGAUUGCUUCUGGAGGCAUCCUUAUAUACACCAUGUUGGUAGUUUGGUUCUUGGAGUAUCAGAUCAAUCCGGAAUUCAGAGGCCCUUGGACGAAUCAGCUCUCCACUGCUCUUUGGUUCACUUUCUCCUCUCUCUUCUUUGCUCAUACAUUGAUCUUGACGCAGAGUUAUACUGCUGGCCUCACCUCGCUGCUCACUCUCCAGAACCUCAAACCAACUGUGACCACCGUUGAAUGGCUAAGAAGUUCUAAAGAAAGAGUGGGUUGUGACCCAGAUACUUUUGUUUGUGACUAUCUGAUUAACGAGCUGAAUUUCUCGAAGGAAGUCAUCGUCCACACAAGGAACACUUCAAGCUAUGAAGAUGAAUUUAGAAGAGGCAGCAUCUCUGCUCUUUUUCUGGAAUACCCAUAUGAGAGAGCUUUCUUCACUCAGUAUUGCUCUGGAUAUGUUGCCACUCAUGAAAACUACAGAUUUGGCGGUUUUGGCUUCGUGUUCCCGAAAGACUCUCCACUGGCUGCAGAUUUCUCUGAGGCCAUUUUGGAGCUUUCACAGAGCGGUGAGAUGAAAACUUUGGAGAACAAGUGGUUCUCUCCCGAGUGCACGAUGAAGAACAUCACCAGCGAGAAACCAAGGUUGGGCCUCAACAGCUUCUGGGCGCUCUACGUUUUCACCAUCGCCACUUCCACUGGUUGUUUGCUUUUUGCAUGUCUCUGCACGAGAAGGAACCGUCAGGAUCAUGAGCAAGGGAGUAACAGCGACAACAUGAGCGUGACGGAGACGAGUAUUUUGUAG